AUGACAACACCAGAUACAUUAAUACACGAGUUACAACGUAAUACGAGCAAAGAGAAACGUAAAGAAUGGCGGAAAAAUAUGUCCGACCGUACUUUUUCACUCGAAGAUCCUCCGAACACCGAUGAAUUCAAUAUUUCAUCGUCAAGCCUUCGACAGGAUCAGUCAUCGCUCGAAUGCCGAAUUGAACAUAUUCCAUUCUAUUCUUGGAUUGAAUCAAAUCUAAUUCUUCUUCGUAACAAUCUCGUACGACGUGGUUUAAAUGAACAAGAGAUCAUCGAUAAAGAACAAACAAUAACCGAUAGUCUUAAAGCAUGUUUAAAAGAUUUAAAUGAUGCUGAACUGAGAGAAAAUGAUCUAUUACAAGCGCGUAUUCGAGCUACUCUGGAUGAAUGUCAACAUUUAAAUCGUCUUUUGAAAUUAGAUCAUAGUAUUGAGAAAAUUGAAAACGAAAAUUUACCUUUGUUGGAACAAUUGAAUCGAGCAAAUGAGUUGCUCGAUCGAAUUAAUCAAGUAUUGAAAGAAAAAGUCGAAGAAAUUAAUCAGCUGAAAGUGAUCGAAGAAAAAUUAUGUCAUAAACUCGAUGAAAAAGUAAUUAAUUUCGAUAGUGAUGUUGAUGAUAUGCCAUACGAUCAACGACAAGAUAUUCUCGAAAAACAUAUUAAUGACUUACAGAAUUUACAAAACGAACGUUCAUCAGCCAUUGAACAAGCGCGUAAUCAAAUCCAUGAAAUGAAAACUGAACUUGACCUUAAUAAUACAUAUAAUCAGCCAAAUGAUGAUCAGCAAGUGCUCAAUCUCAUCGACGGGCCUGUACAUCUAAUCGAAUUAUCGAAAACAAAUGUUCAACGUUUACUAACUAUUGCUAAUCAACUGCAUACGAUCUAUCAAGAAAACCGAAUGAAGGCUGAACAUCUUGUUGCUACACUCAAUGCUUUGUACGAACGAUUAAAUUUAAUCGAAUCUGACAGACAUAUUAAGUUGCCACUUGAUAAGCCUCAUCGACCAGUAAAUCUCAGCCUGUUGGAGAAAGAAAUUGAUCGAUGUAAGGAAUUACGCCGGCAAAACAUGCGGACAUACAUCGAAAAUAUUCGGGAUGAAAUCUUUGCUCAAUACGAAAAAUGUUUCUACGGACGUGAACAAAUGGAAAGUUUUCUUCCGCUCUAUUCCAAUGAUUUUACCGAAGAAUUGUUGGAAGAACAUGAAAAGGAAUUAGAAGAAAUUAACAUGUACUAUAAUCAUAAUGAACAAUUAUUUGCUAAUCUUGCCAAUUGGCAUGAAGUUUGGGCGGAAUAUCGAGAAUUUCAACGUCAAGCAAGCGAUCCUGAGCGCUUCAAACGUCGCGGUUAUUCCGCUGUGCAAGAAGAAAAACAACGUAAACACUUGGAAUUUACACUUAAAAAAGUUCAAGAUACCGUUCUACAACUGAGUAAAGACUAUGAAACUGAAUUUGGACAUCAAUUUUUAAUUGAAGGUGUACCAGUACAAGAUUUCUUUAAUCAUGAGAAAGAGAACUAUUCUCAAGAAAAAGAAAUCGAAAAAGCACGGAAACAGUUAGCACGUGGUCAGACACCAACAACGUCACAUGUCCAAGCAAACAUCAAACGACUAGAAAUAAGUUCCAAAACUCCUGGUCGACAACAGACAAAUCUUGGCAAAGAAACUGAAAUUAAACCGACAACACCAUUUCGACCAGCAAGUGCAGUUCACAAACGUUGA